ACGCGCGCGGAGCUGAGCUGCCGUUCACUCUCUCCUCUGGACAGGGAGAGGUGAAAGCGCUUAGACAGAUUAGUCGAUUCCCGACUCGGUCAACGCAGCGUUAGCUCGUCGGCUAGCGGGUGUCGCCAACCAAACACCGACCGGGCCCGUGGAGAGUGAUGAAAGGCCACUGGAGUCGGUGAAACUUGGCCCUCUGGGCUUUUAUGUAGGGAAAUAUCGCAGAAAAGCAAGUUCGUGGACCAUGCAGUCGCAUCUCCCUGAAGAAAUUUCCACUUCGGAAAGGCUAACUUAGAAGCUAGCAAGCUACCAACUAUCGUUAAUUGGCUUUCGGCUCAAAUGGCUCGCGCAUGUUUUCCUUGUCAUAGCGACAGCUGGGAAAGUUGAAAAUCGAGAGAGGCUGUGUGAACUUCAUGACAACCCAAAGUCAACAUUUUUUUUUUCCCGAGUGUGAACUUCGGAGGACUCGACUGCAACCUAAGCGAAAAUGAAGAAGCAGUUUAAUCGCAUGAAACAGCUCGCCAAUCAAACAGUUGGAAGAGCAGAGAAAACAGAAGUUCUCAGUGAUGACCUUUUACAGAUUGAGCGGCGGAUGGAGUUGGUGCGUGUGGUGUCCCACAACACACACAAGAAGAUGGUCUCAUGUCUGCAGGGACACAUUGGCGCAGAUGCAGAGAAAAGACAUUCCGUACCACGCCUCUAUACAGGAAAUGGUCAGAAAAAGCUUCCUCUGACGGCGUUGUCUCAGGCUAUGGUGGAAGGUGGAAACCAGCUGGGCGAGGACUCUUUAAUAGGGAAGAUGAUGGAGGUGUGUGGGGAUGCAGAGAGUCGUUUGGCAUCUGAACUGAUGCAGCACGAGCUACAGCUAGAGAAAGAUGUCCUAGAUCCUCUCAGCCAGCUUGCAGAGGUGGACAUUCCCAACAUUCUGAAACAGAGGAAACAGUUGGCCAAAUUGGUGCUGGACUACGAUUCUGCCAGAGCGAGAUGGUUGCAGGCAACCAAGUCAAUAAUCUCAGGAACAAACACUCAAGCACUGACAGCCAAGGCUGACCUACUCAAGGAGGAAGUGGACGAGGCCAUGAACAAAGUGGAACUUUGCAAGGACCAACUUGCUGCAGACAUGUAUAGUUUCUUCUCAAAAGAAGGAGACUAUGCCUGUUAUUUCUUAACGCUUCUUGAAGCUCAGGCCGAAUACCACCGAAAAUCUCUCACUUUACUGGAGAGUGUCUUGCCAACCAUCCAGGCUCAGCAAGAUUCUUGGAUUGAGAAGCCUGCCUUUGGCACUGCGCUCGAUGAGCACCUGAAAAGGAGUGGGAGGGAGAUUGCCCUGCCCAUAGAGGCCUGUGUCAUGAUGCUGUUAGAGACUGGGAUGAAGGAAGAGGGUCUAUUCAGAAUUGCAGCUGGGGCAUCCAAACUAAAGAAGCUAAAGGCGGCGCUGGACUGUUCCACCUCACAAUUGGAGGAGUUCUACUCUGACCCCCAUGCUGUUGCUGGAGCACUGAAGUCCUACCUUAGGGAACUGCCUGAACCUUUAAUGACCCACCAGCUUUAUGAUGAAUGGACCCAAGCAUGCAGUUUAUCAGAUCCCGACAAGAGGCUUCAGGCUCUAUGGAUUGUAUGCGAUAAGCUACCAAAGAACAACAAAACCAACUUGAGGUAUCUGGUAAAGUUCCUCGCUAAACUGGCUCAGGACAGCGAGGUAAACAAAAUGACUCCCAGCAACAUUGCCAUUGUCCUUGGACCCAACCUGCUCUGGGCCAAGACUGAAGGGAGUUUGGCAGAGAUGGCUGCGGCUACGUCUGUACACGUGGUGGCCAUCAUAGAGCCCAUCAUCCAGCAUGCUGACUGGUUCUUUCCUGAGGAUGUGGACUUCAAUGUGUCUGGCAUGUUUGCAAUGCCUGUACCCUCAUCCAACCACAACAAUCAUCUGGAUCAUGACAGUGGCACAAUUGAGCGGAAGAGACCAGGCAGUUUGGUGGGACCAGAGACAGACUCAAGCCGCAAAGACAAUAACACCUCUAACAAGCACUCGGACCACACCCUCCGUAGAGGCAGUACCACUUUAGGUAGAAAGCAGCACACCUCACCUGCCUUCCAGCCCCCUUUACCCCCUGUGGAGGCCCCGGGGCAGGGACAAGGCGUCGGGCAGGUCCCGCAGUCCUCGGCCGAGCCCCUGGCGCAAGCUCCACUGGGGGCGGAGGGGCCCGACAGCCCCCAUAGUUUGGCUCAGGGUCUCGCUGCACUUGCUGCCGCUCAGCAGCUUCUAGCGCAGCAUACGGAGGAGCUCAGCAACCCAAAGCUGCGUGACCCCACAACUGCGCCAACCCCCCUUAUCCAACGGAACGGUUCUGGAGCAGGGAGCCAGGCUGCCAGCCAGAUGGGCACAGGGACCAGUCCGCAUACGAUGCGCAGAGUUAUCAAGAAACAGGCGCCCGCUCCCCCCAAGCCACCAAUCCCACCGCCCAGCCAGCCCUACACCUCAGUCAACUCAUCGCAACCCCUAAGUCCCCCUCCAAGACCCCUGUCCGGCCACUCACCCACUUCCCCCACGUCCCCCAACUCUCAGCCAUACAGCACGCCCCGGCGUCACUCGAGUAACCAGCCGCCGAUCCAAGCCCCCAGCCAUCCGCCCCCAGAGCCGCCGACACAGGCCAGUUCUCCCAGUCAGCUCGUCGGGGACCCACAGAGCGCGGACCCCUCGCCGCCGGACUCCCCCAGCCCUCCGGACACCCCCCCGCUCCCCGCCACCCCCGGCCCGGACGGUGCUCAGGUCGCCCCCGCUUCCCCGUCCCCCUACCAGACGGGCUCGCUACCCCGCCCGCGGCCCGUCCCCAAGCCCAGGAACAGGCCCACCAUACCUCCGCCCCCGCAACCCAACCCUGUGGCCAACGACACCAACGGGAUCUGCACCACUGCUUACAAAAUGAUGGACCCGGCCAUGUCCUUCAAAGGGCUCAGUCGGACUCUGGUGCCUGAGUUCAACGUGGACCAGCAGCCGGCGCCUGUGUCCUCGCCGCCGCCUCCCAAAGACUGCGAGCUGGACAGCGAGAGCACCGUCCUAUAAAGGAAGGACGCACACUUCCUCUUUUUAUACACACACACACACACACACAAAUACACACUUGGGGGUUCUGUUUGCUGUCUUUUUCUGCUUUUUCCCAAACAUUGUACCAACCAUCCAUGCAAAUCCUUCAUUUUAUGUCGUAGUCGUUGCGAAAACUAAUAUCAGUUAGUUGAGGGGAAAAACAAAAACGAAGGACUGCAAUAAUGAUGAGAUACUUUGGGAUUUUUGGUGUGAGUUUUUUUUUUUUUAAAUGUUGAAAAUGGCCUUAGAACAUAAAAUGACAAAGGUAUUCUUAAGCAGGUGGAACCAAAAACUUAAAACGGUGACUGCAGGUUUCCAGUCAUCUCAAACACUCUAUUUACUUUUUUUUUUCCUCCUCCAUCCUUUCUCUCGCUCUUCUAUUUAUUUACCCAGCGAGUUGAAACACGCGCUCACACACACAGACACACACACACACACAUUCCCUGUGGCUCAACACGCUGCAGUCACCACAUGUAAAUAAAGCCUUAAUAGGAUGGAAGCGUUUUUGAAUUACUGCGUGGAACGCCAAUGGAAAGCCCUUUGAGCAUUUAUCCAUAAUAUCCAGCACUAUUACACUCUUCUGCGUCGCUAUUAAGACAAUUCAGCGCACUAGUAGAACGACUACACAGCCUUCCACUAUUUUGACAUUUUGUUUGCACGCUAAUAAGACAAGUUUAGCAUAGUAUUAGGACAACUACAUACUACUACUUAGUGGUGAGGCAAAACUAGUGCCCUAGUUGACAUUCACGCAUUACUCGUACUACUAGUGAGGCCCUGGACUAAUGGAGGACCAACUAGCGCACAGUUUUGCCUCAUUUGAGUUUUUAUUUGAUAUCUUUGAUAUCCAGCUCAAUAUCUGUGUACUAGUAUGCCCUUUGUCCUCACUAGUAGGACGACUUCAGCAUACUAAUAGGACAACUACGUUGCUAGUCUGGAAAAAACUGCGAGUGUGCAUUUUAGUGCUACUAGUAGGGUCUGAAGGCACUACUGUGUGACACAUGCCUAUUAGUCAGGCCUAGCAGUGUCUCUUGAGCAGCACAGUAGUUUACUGUUAAGGUUUAAUUGUAUACCAGUAGGCCAAAAGUGGCACUAGUAGUAGAAAAAUACUUUACUAGUAAGACAAUUUUGUUUCUUGUAGUACUAGUCACACACAGUUGUCAACUAGUGCAGUUUAUGCCUCACUAGUAACACGUAGCUGUCCCACUGGUGUGCCAAAGUUGUCCUACUAGUGAGAGCAAAGAGUAUACUAGUACAUGGACAUACAACUGGAUAUCUAAAAUACAAAGUAUAGCUCAAACAGCUUUCCAUAAACUUCUCUUUUGUUGUGUUACUGCAGUAUUUGCGAGAAGCUGUCUUGGUGUUUCAGGGAUGUCAUACGAAGGUGUGGUGUGCACGUGCGGUCUUCUUAAAACGUGUGGCGGUUGUUUCAGGGCAGUUCCGAGCGCAUGUAGUGGGGUUCACCGCCCUCCCCGAACCUCAACGCAGUCAGUAUUUUUUUUUUAUUUUUUUUUUUUUUUUUGCGCAUGAUGAAUGUAAGCGGAAGGAUUUGCCUCUUCGUCUGAAGCUGAUGUUGCACAUGAGCACAGGCCAUGGAACGACCACAUUUUUUUCUUUUUACUCCCCACCGAGCUGGGAACACAAAAUGCUGUGUCACCUCAGUAGUGACGUGUGGGACAAAUAUUUUAUCGAAUGGAUGAGAUUCUUCUCUUUCUCUGGCUUGCGCUCUCGUGUAAUGCAGAGGUCCAGUUCCCAGAGAACUGACGCGCAAAAUGGUACCAAUGGAGAAAGUCUUGGAUGUUGCAGUUGCCCUGGAAAUAUGUGAUUUUUCUUUCUCCUCCCCCUGAGACAAUCAAAUGUUCCCUUUUCCCCUCUCUGCUCCUGUGACUCAAUGCCUUCUACACAUUUCCCCACUCCCCUUCCCUGCACAUCAAGACCAACAAAUGCCAUUAAACUAGAAGUGAUGAUGCUGCGUUUUUAAGCUCCAUAGUUUUGUAUGUUUGUCGUCCAGUGAGCUGAAAUAUGGAAUAUGUUAUAUGAAUGCUUGGUUAUACAUCCUUUCCAAAGAAAAUAAAGUAUAUGAACUAUA